UUGACGUUAUACGUGUUCAUUCUAUGUUUCAUAUCUUUCGUAGCUAUUUUAAUACUGUGUACGUAUUGACUUUAAUACAACUUAUGCGUUGUUGGAAUUACGAUGAAACCUGCAACGAAAAGAAAACAUAAAGUGUUAUCGAUUGAGGAUAAAGUGAGGAUUAUUAAGAGACUCGAAAAUGGCGAAAGCGGCGUAUCACUUGCUAGGAUUUAUAAUAUUGGUAAAGCAACCAUAUCCGACAUAAAGGCAAAGAAAGAAGAAGUUUUAAAUUUUGCUUCCAUUUUAAACAAUACGGGUGGUUCUAAAGGAAGGAAAACUAUGAAAAAAGCUAAUUGUGAGAAAUUAGAAGACGCCCUAUAUUUAUGGUUUAUACAAAAGCGGGAGCAAGACGAAUACGUUUCUGGACCUCUAUUGUGUAAAAAAGCGUUACAGUUAAAUAAAGAACUUGCGGGACCACCAGAAUUUAAAGCUAGUUCGGGAUGGUUGAAGAAUUUUAAAUGUCGUCACGGCAUAAAGUUCGCUAACCAAGGAGAAAGAGUGGCUCCCAAUUUUCUUAAGGAAAUUAUGAAGGAAGGAAGUUUUUCCGAAGACGAUGUGUACCAAGCAGAUCAGACCAACCUAUACUGGAAGGCGCUUCCACGAAAAUUUCUAGCAUCCCGAAUGGGUAGGGGCUAUAACUUUACAGUAAGCCAGCAACGUAUUAUUCUAAUGUUCUGUGCAAAUGUAAGUGGGCAGCAUAUUUUACCAUUACUUGUGAUCGGAAAAUUUGAAACCCUAAAAAAUUUGGAAGGAGUAACUUCCCCAUCACUAGAAUAUAGAGCACAGAAGAAUGCUGAUAUGGAUGCUGACAUUUUUUUGGAUUGGUUCAGAGACUCCUUUAUUCCAAACGUAAAAAAUAGACGACUAAUUGAAGGUAGAACUAAUAAAGUGCUACUUCUUAUUGACGAUGUGCCAGUUCGUCCUCUUUUAGAACAACUGAAUGCUGUUGACGAUAAUUUCAUUGUCAAGGUUUUACCAUCAGAAGAUGUUUCAUCCCUCCAGCCACUGAGGUACGAUGUCUUACAAGAACUGAGUACGAUGUAUAAAAGCCAGUUUUUGCAGCAACUACUAGACAAAGAUGAAGACAGUAUAAUUGAAUUUUUAACAAAAUUCUCACUAACGGAUUGUUGUUAUAUGUUAGCAGAUGCCUGGACUAUUUUAUCAAACGGGAUUACACCUGAGCAGGAUCUGGAUAAGGUCUUACUUGAAACUGUAACUUUAUUUCAAAAGAUCCCUGGGUUUUCCGAAUGUGGGCAAGAUGAUGCAAUGGCGUGGCUCUAUGAUCACGACAUUUUAGAUGAAGAGGAAAUUGUUGCUGCCCAGUAUCAAGAACAUGCCGUCGUUAAGCGAGAAGGUUCUGAUAGCGAAGAACAAGAAGAAACCGGAAGUGGGCCUACUCACGUGGAGGCUUUCACGGCCCUUGAAACUACAUUGGCGUGGUGUAAGCGACAGCCAGAAUUCAGUUCUUCCGAAAUAUUAGUUCUGAAAAAAAUAAGAGAUGUGGCUGCGAUGAAAAUACAGUCGUCUUAAUUUGAA